CUUGCGAGUCUCUUUUAAGCUUUUUCAGUGUGCGUGUAUGACGAGCGAGCAGACUUCGCUCAGCAGCCAUCUCGAGGACGCGUCGUCCGCCCGCGUCGAAAAGACGGUCUCGCGCGUGGGUGGAAUGAAGCAUUCAAGGACGCGCGUUGGAAAGCCAUUGUCGUGGAUGCGCCGCUAAAUUCCGAGUGGAGAGGACCCUGAACGCACCUUGCAUCCAGCAGCAGCCAUGGGGGGGCAAAUCACCAGACACAAUUAUAACUUCCAUGGUCCGGUUCCAAUCGCGGCUCUUCCGUCCACCGGGCUUCACCGCAAGCAUGCCCCUGACUGCACGGUUCCCAUCCUGGCUCGGUCAUCCGCCUCGCAGCACCACCACCACCACUACCAGCAGCAGCAGCUCUACCGCCCCCAAUACCAGCGGAUAAACUGGCAUCCCAGCAAGCACGUCCGUCCGACGGCCUCUCAGCCACCUCUGCUCUUCCACCCGACGGCCAAGGGCUCGCAGAUCAUCAUCGACGAGUCGCAGAGGGCGGUCAGAAGGAAAGGCAGCUUCUGCAACGCCGUCGCUUUCAGCAACAGAAGCGUGGCGGUCAACGAGGUGGUCCGGCUGAAGAUCACAGAAAACUACCAGGACUGGCAGGGUGCUCUCCGCAUCGGUUUUACUACCCAAGACCCGUCCUGCUUGGACCCCAAAAAAUUGCCCAGAUAUUCAUGUCCGGAUCUGGCUUUGAGGAGCGGAUUCUGGGCGAAACCCUUGCCCGAGGAGCUUCUCAAGAGAGACACCGUCAUCUCGUUUUGGGUCACCAUGAAGGGCCGGGUACACUACCGGAUCAACGGAAGCACCUCUACACGGCUAUUCAAGAAGGUUAACGCUUUGUUGCCGUUGUGGGUUCUCGUCGACGUCUACGGAAAGACCAAAGGAGUCCAGUUUCUCGACAGCGAGGCACUCACGCCGGAGGUCUCAAAGAUGACUUCCAGCGACCCCCAAGUGAAGAUCCAAAAAAAGAGUCGGCACCGCCAACUUCCCGUGAAUAUGGAUAUGGAUGAAGACGGCUCGGAGGAAGACGAUCACGACGGGCACCGCCCCGUUGACCACAUGCCCCAAAACUCUCAUAACUUACGGUUGUCCGUAAGGGGGUCCGAGCUCCCGGAACCCCUGGACAACCAGCUGCGGCUUCACUAUGUGCACGGCGAACACGUGGGCCUGACGGACCCUCACACGGCGGUGAUGCGGAAGCAUCAGGGCCCGGACAGGACGCUGGUCUUCACCAGUCGGCCUCCGGAUCACGGCGAAAGCGUCUUCGUGAUGCUGCAGACGACGGGGUCGGCCGAGUUGAGUUACGGCGUGACGGCCUGCGAUCCGGCCACGCUGCGGCCCCAGGACCUGCCGGCCGACCUGGUGCGGCUGCUGGACCGCUCGGAAUUCUGGGCCUUCGACGACUUGUCCACGCAGUUGUUUGACGAAGACAUCCUUGGCUUCGAGGUGAACGCCGCCGGCGAGAUCGUCGUGAACCGCAACGGCGUCAGCCUGGGGGUGCAACUGUGCGUGGACAACUCCACGCCGCUUUGGAUGUUCUUCGCGCCCCACAAAAACAUUACGCAGCUCAAGAUUUUCGGCUUGUCUUCGCACUCGGAUGUCCAACCCCCUCAAAGAUCCCCGUUGUCCAUGAACAACACCGCCGCAUCCAACGCCAACAUUCCGUCCGAUGGACCCCCCAACUCCAGUCAUUCGUCUUCCGCCACAGGCUCAUCUGUCACCACAAACCAACUACUCCAGUUGAUCCUGAGUCCACGCUCGCCCGCCCUCACCAAGCCCAACGUCGUUUUGCCGCCGACGAGGAACAACAAAUUCAGUUCUCCUCCUCCUACAGAAAUGGAGGAGAGCGCCUCGCCGUCCAGCCCGAUCUCUCCUGCGCCCCCCGGCUCCCCAAAAGUCUUCGACGACUGCGCCAUUUGCUGCGACGGCGCGGCGGACACGGCGCUGUACGACUGCGGCCACCUGUGUCUGUGCUACACGUGCGCCCUCAAGCUCAAGCAAGAUCAAGCGUCCUGUCCCAUGUGCAGGAAGCCCAUCCGAGACAUCAUCAAGACCUACCGCAGUUCGUAGGAUCGCUGAGCGUGUCGUCGCGCCUUUGGAUUAUCAUGAUCAACUCAGGUUUUUCUUCCAAGCAGUUUGGACUUGUUUUUUUUUUGUGUGUAAGGACACGAGUUGCUUUUCGGAACAAUUCAGUUUCCAUCAAGACUGGACAAAACCCGCAAUCCCGCAGUAGAAUAUAUCGCAGUUCAUAAUCAAUAUUUCUCUAAUUAUAAUUUGAUGUAUCACGCUCACCAAAGAUGUCCAGAUGAGUUUUCUGGCGCUGGUCUUGUUCUGAGCGGCCAAUCGGAGGUCGGAAGAGUGGCGAUGUCACCGGCGCUCUGGCCCUGUGAGGGGGGGGGGGGGGGAUUUCAAAAUCGCAUGAGUUAAAAAAGAGCAAUGCCAUCCUUACAUGGGCCAGCGAUGCGAAUUCUGAAGGCCCUGGGCAGAUUACAUUGACAUGGUAACACACUGAAGCUCUAAUUUGAUUGGACCAAAAAAAAAAAAAAAACUAACAUCUACAUACACGUGCUGGUGGCCACAAGAAAUGCUAUGAAUUGAAAUGAAUGGAAAGUUGGGAACAUCCAUCCAUCCAUUUUCUCAUCCUCACAAGAGUCGUGGAGUGUGAGCCUAUCCCGUCUCUGGCCACUAGGCGGGGGGACACCCUGAACUGGUUGCCAGCCAAUCACAGGGCACACAGAGACGAACAAACAUUCGCGCUCAAACUCACACUGAGUGACAAUUCAGAGUGUUCCUUAACCUGCCAUGCAUGUUUUUGGAAUGUGGGAGGAAACCAGAGUACCCGGAGAAAACCCACCCGGGCUCGGGGAGAACAUGCAAACCCCACACAGGAAAGCUGGGGCCGGAAUCGAACCCCGUACCUUUGCACUGUGAGGCCGAUCGCCAGGCCUGCUCUGUUGGGGAAAAAAAUGAAUACAAAUUCAUACAAACACAUUUUGAAAUUUAGGUUGUAAAUUCAUGAAGAAAUUCACAGGCAAUAAUCAAAGAGACAAUCAACAUAUAAUAAUACUAAUAAUAAUAAUGCAUUUUAUUUAUAAGCGCCUUUCAAGACCUCCAAGGACACUUUACAAUAACAAAAAACACAAAACAAUACGGGUUGAGCAGCAGCGAGACUCAGAGAGUGGAAUGCAAGUACAGCAAAGGGGCAAAGGAACGUUGGAGAUUUUGCUUCCUGUAGAAGUUUGAAAUGUCAGUAAUGCGUGUGUGUGUGUGUGCGGGUGUGUUGUGUGUGUGUGUGAGUGUGAGGUUACAUGGAGACUUCGAUGUUCCUCGUCAAAAUGUAGGUUCGUGUGUCCAAUAGUGUUUAGGCCUACCACGCUCGCUGCUGCCGUUUGGCUAGCAUUUGCUAGCAUCCAGCACCAAAAAAAAGGGAGGGAGAUAUUGCCAAAAAAGGGACGCCAAAUGUCAAAUGUCCUCUAUUGUUCUUUGUUUACUGUGUUUAGUUCCAGUGCUUUUUUGCGAGUGAAGCAUUGCUCUGGAAUGGACACCAUGUUUUUAGCGUACCGUGGCUAGCUCAGCCAAAUUUGGUGGUAAAAUGUCCACCACGGGAUUAGAUUUUAGGCUGGGGUGUUUUGGGAGGUGGAUAGGGUGUCUAAUUUCGAUUGCAUGAGACCUCUAAAAUUCAGUUUUAGAAUUUGUAAAAAUGUCAAAAAUGAUUUUAAUGAUUUGUUAAGGCUAACUAUGAACAUUUUUGUCACUUUAGUUGAAACCGGCGCUGAAUGACUUUUUUUUUUUUGUAUUUUUAGAAAACAUAUUAACUGCUCAGAUAAUGAAUGCUGCCACUGCACUAAUACGCAGUAAAAGGGUUUUUAAAAAAUGGCGUGAAGUAUGUAGCUACCUGCUUUGUGUGCACUUGAGAUGGUACGAGAAGGCUGCUGUGGGCUCCAGGAGGAUGCAAAUGAGCUAGGAAGUGGAGGAAGGUCACCUUGCCGGCGUUUAAAAACAAGCUGUGAAAGCACGAAGUGUACGACUUUUUAAUUGAGUCACAAAAAUAAAGAAUAACGUCUGGCUUUUGUUAAGUAGCUUUUAAAGAAUGACAAGUGGACUUUUACACCUCACUGUCGAGAGGAGAAGGCGGGCAGACACAAAAAGUGGCAGGUGGCUUUGUUUUCGCCAUUACAACGAGGAUAUUUGAAAUUUGGGGCUGGGAGGGUGUCCAAGGACAGCUUUUUGAGAUUUUCAUUUUUGGGGGUUUUAGAUUUGACUUAAUACAGCUGAGUCCAUUCAGAAAUCCAUGCAUUUCUUUUUAAACACUCGAUGCACUCCUAAACUGGAAUGAGACUGUGCAGAUUUGUAUUUUGCUUCAUCCAAGAAAUCAACAGAAAAAAAAUAACAAUUAUGAUAUGUAAGAUGUGUAGUAGUUUGAAGGUUAAUUUAUUAUUGUCAAAGCUUCUAUGAAGAAUUCCUAUAAUGUUGAUGUACGGCCACAAAACUGCUCGAAAAAGUAUUACCCAUCACGUAUUAAAGCU